AUGUGGAUGAGCUGCAGAAGCAGAAUCCAGAAUCGCUGUCAUCCCAGUGAUCAACGAAGAGCACAAUGGCCUCGAUUGCAAAUGCGAACCGAUAAAUCAGAUUUCACUCGUUGAGGACGAGCGCUCGUUCGGUGGCAAAGGAAACCGCGUUGGACACGUUUGAACGUCGUGCUCGCUCGGAGACGGUGAUUCGGACGACCACAGGAAGACUGUCCAACAGGCUGAAUGGCUGAGCCAGAGCUACUGCUGGACUCCAACAUCCGGCUCUGGGUGGUGCUGCCCAUUGUCUUCAUCACCUUCCUUGUGGGGGUGAUCAGACACUACGUCUCUAUCCUUCUACAGAGUGACAAAAAGCUAACACUAGAACAGGUCUCUGAUAGCCAGGUUCUUAUUCGCAGCAGAAUCCUGAGAGAAAAUGGAAAAUACAUCCCUAAACAAUCAUUUUUAAUGAGAAAAUUCUACUUCAACAACCAAGAAGAUGGCUUCUUCAAGAAGACCAAAAGGAAGGUUGUCCCACCUUCCCCAAUGACAGAUCCCAGCAUGCUGACAGACAUGAUGAAAGGAAAUGUCACCAACGUACUUCCAAUGAUCCUAAUUGGUGGCUGGAUUAACUGGACCUUUUCAGGAUUUGUAACAACUAAGGUUCCUUUCCCUCUCACUCUCCGCUUCAAGCCAAUGCUGCAACAAGGGAUAGAGCUGCUUUCCCUGGAUGCUUCCUGGGUCAGUUCAGCUUCAUGGUAUUUCCUGAAUGUGUUUGGACUACGAAGCAUGUACUCUCUAAUCCUCGGCCAAGACAAUGGUGCAGAUCAGUCGAGAAUCAUGCAGGAACAGAUGAGCGGUGCAGCCAUGGCCAUGCCUGCAGACACAAACAAGGCCUUCAAGGCUGAAUGGGAGGCCCUCGAGCUGACUGACCAUCAGUGGGCGCUGGAGACCGUAGAAGAGGAACUGAUGAGCAGAGAACUGGACUUUGAUGGCCUGUUCAACAAGGAACUACCAAGUGGAAUCUUCUGAUGUGGCUCAGUGCUGGGUUCAAUUCAUGGUUCAAAUGGGACAAAUCCCUCCUGUGUUAUGCAAAGUUUACAUUCCUUCAUUUAAGGUCCCACUUUAUUUCCAGGUUGACUAAUAUUUCACAAAUGUCCUGAAAUUUCCAAUUAAUAUUUUGCUUUCUUAGAAAUGUUGACAUUUGCCUGAACUGUUAAGAUAAUGAAGUGCUAUAACUAGUGACUAUUUUCAAGCUAAACUAUAAAAUCCAUCUCUAAUUAUUAAGAAAAAAAUAGUGUUUUACAGAUUGAAUGCCGCCAUUUAUUAGCUCCAUCAUGCUUAGAUCAGCUGCCUGAGAUUACAAGUAGAGCUCCAAGUUGUUUGCGAAGAAUAUGUUUCUCAGAUUAGUUUAUUGUGUUUUUUUGUAACGAAACUCGUGCGUUUUGUACAAUAUAAACCCUGUUUUCUCAAAGAAGUGGCU